ACACGCGCGCCACACAGUUGCUAAUAGCAAGCACUCCCAGACACCUGUGUUCCUCAACCACCACCUCCUCCUCCCUUCCUCCUCCCUUCCUCUUCACUUACUCUUCCUUCUGAGCCCUCUCCUCCUCCUACUCCUCCUCUUGAAUACUCCCGUUCCGCUUCACUUUUCUGCCUCCAAAUAAUUGUAAUCUGUUGUUGCGGUUCAUAGUUUGCAUUUAUCAACCUUAUUUUGGAAUUUCGCUGCCUGUGCACUCUCAAAGCUGAAGCAUAAUAAGCUUAUAUCUGCCGUCUGCAAACAACUCGCCUACUUAUAUCCACGUCAACCAGUCUCGCUGUUUCUUGGAUAGGAUUUCCUAUUUUGAGACGACAUGACUCAGCCGAAUUUCAAGAAACGGAGAACAGGGAAUCAUUUAUCAGAAUGGAAACCGGGCAUUGCUCUCAGACAGGAAGACGAUCUGCAGCUUCCAAAUGUAGCUGCGCUCAGAAAAACCUCGUUACUCUUCAACGAACUCCGCAGCGAGGUUUACAAUGUACUGAGAAGACGUCACAACAGGUUUGAAACUGAACGGGCUAUUUCCAAACAAAUCGCGGAGAGGAAUCCAUUGACGCAAAAGAGUGAAGCUAGUGAUACUGACUCAAAUCCCCACUCACCAGAAACAGAAACGGUCGACCAGAAUGCUAGAUCCAACAAAGUCACCCCAAACCUUCACCCGAUCCCUGUAUGCGUGAAAGGGUUGGAAGUGGAACCGAAAGACGCGGACAACAAGAAUGGCAUCAGUUACAUGUGUGUGGAAGGCGACAUAUCGACAGAACUCCCCCCUAUAUCUCUCUAAUAAAGCUCCCUCAGCGCCUUG